UCGAGUUCGGCGUUUCGCUCUCGGCCCUCGCGCUUGCGUACUACGACUCGUUCUCGUCACCACGGUCCGGAUCGGGAAGUGUCAAGUGGGAGCCGGGUUCCCCCGCCUUUGCAACCGCCACAGCUGAACCCGGACCCCUCACCCCGGCCGGGCACUACCGCCAUGACGAACGUGUACUCCUUGGAUGGGAUUCUAGUGUUUGGUUUGCUCUUUGUUUGCACCUGUGCCUACUUCAAGAAAGUUCCUCGUCUCAAAACCUGGCUGCUUUCAGAGAAGAAGGGAGUUUGGGGUGUAUUUUACAAAGCUGCUGUGAUUGGAACCCGGCUGCAUGCUGCUGUUGCAAUUGCCUGCAUCGUAAUGGCCUUUUACGUCCUGUUUAUCAAAUGAAUUCCAAACUAUCCAGCUCAUCAACUGCCAACCAAGGGGAUAAAGAUGAAGAACUUGUUGGAAACCUGGACCCAGUAUAGGAGAGUUGAGCUAACGCCAUCAGUGUCUCCGAGAUGACACUGAAGCAUCUGCUUGCCAUAUGUGGGGAAAACUCAUGGUCACAAACAUUAUUUUUGCUUCAGGGGAUUCCAGAAAGCCAACCUUUUUUGAACUCUGCGUUAAUCAGCCCUCAGCAGCAAGUCUGUAUGUCCAGAUAAAUUACAUCCCCCAUUGAUAUGAUUAUGUAUCUCCUGCUUAAAAACCUAUGCUAGGUGGUAGCUCAGAGGUAGAGCAUUUGGUUAGCAUUGACAAGGUCUUGGGUUCAUUCCCCAACAGUGAUAAAAACAACCUACAGCUGGUCGUCUGUUUUGCUCUUUAAUCCCUCAUCGGAAUCUUUGAAAACUGAAGCUCAUUGGGGAAUGAUGCAGGCUUUGUUCAGACCUCCCGGAAGGGGAGACUUCUUUUUAAAGAGAGGCACUCUGCAUAGCCUUGGCUGUCCUGGAACUCUUUAUGUAGAGCAGGCUAGCCUCAAAUUCACAGAGAGCUGCAUGCCUCUGCCUCCUGAAUUAGAGGCAUGUGCCAGGAGAUAAUUUUUAAAGCUUCAUUUUUUUCAUUGGCUAAUUUGGAUCUGGUGAACUGCAGAGAGAGAAAGUGGGGCCAUAUGAGAACUAGGAGUUAUGAAAGGCAAAACAACUGUUUGUCUUUUGAAAUGUGUUCUUUCUGUGCAUCUGGGAACUUAAGAGAGGGUGGUACUCACUGCAGAGACAGCAGAUUGCCACAUGCUGGCAGCUUGAGGGUUUUCUCAAGAGAACUUGAGUGCAUGUGAAAUCCAGGGUUAUCAGUAAGAAGCAGUGACCGAGCCAAGGCAGCAGUUUUCUGCUUACCAGUGUCCCCACAGUCUUCACUCAGCCGACUGAGAGAGAGAAAAUGAACCAACUCUCGCUUUUUCCUAAAGCUUUUUAAACACUUUUUAAAUUACCUAGUGCUAAAUACUGUUACUCAGUUUUAAAUACAAAUGCUGGGGGAGGGGACUAUUGAAAAAAUAAUUGAUUAAUAUAUUUGAAUUUCUGGUAGAAGAGAUAAGUAAAUUAGUAUAUCAAUUCAUAUACUAGUAAGUUCAUCUAGUAUAAGAAUUUAUUGCGAAGAAAAUUUAUGUAGAUGGGAGUUUUGUCAUGUUAUAAAAAGACGAAAGUUUGUUCUUUAAUCUGGGUUCCAGCAAUUUUUAGUUGUGUCUCUGCCAACUCUUAGUGUUGUCCAUACUGCAGUAUUUCACCCUUUGUUAAGACCAUGAGAAACUGAAAUGAGAAAGCCACUGAUACUAACAUUUGGUCAGCUCAUAGAAUCCAUUAAUAAAGUGAGUGUGUUUCUGAGGAAAGAAAAAUGAAGCUUUGCAACUGAGUGUUGAGGGUUUUUCCAUGGAAUGUGAGAACUCCUGAGCAGGGGAUGUUAGAUGACUCAGCAUUUGAAGGGAAGAUUUCUCCCUUCUCUCCUUAAGCCUGCAAAAGAAUCAGUUUGUAAAUGUGAAGUCUACUACAGUGGAACAAAAAAGUAGGUUCAAUAUUGUAACACAUACGAGUACACACAUGCUUAAUUGAAUUGUGUGUCAUGAUGCUUGACAGGACAAGUGCAGGGGCUCACUCCCAGAAGUUAAAUUCUCUUUUGUCUACAUACUGCACCUGAACAAAGGCUGCUGGGAAGCGCAGGCCCUCAUGCAGUGUCACUAAGUACCCAAUGCAUGUGUAAGCCUCUCUAGGAACUGGUCCAGGCAAAUUGCAGUGGUUGUGGUUUUCUGGUCAAUCCUAAGGAUCCUUCCUCAGGAGAGAGAAAAUUUUAAGGGGUCUGGAGAGAUCUUGUGGGUGGGAGUUUGAGACCUGUUGACCAACUGGGUGUCCCUGGGGAAGUAGGCCCAACACUAGUUACUUUGUAUUUAAUGACUUUUCUUCAAAUAGGGCCUGCUUCUCCGACUCUGGUCUAGAAAACAGCUUUGCUUCUCAAACAGCUUUCAUUUUACAACUUCCUUCAUGGGUCCUCUUGGCCUAAAUGUUUUGAGUUGUUAUGUUUUAAGAUGUUUUCUUAUCAGAAUGUAUUAAAAAGUACAGGAAGAAACCUGGUGUACUUAUUAUUUAGGCUGAUAUGUUUAAUUUUUGGCAAAUAAAAAAAUGGUCAGUUCUAGGGGAGGUCCUUCAGAGGUGGAAGAGGUGUGAGGGUAGCAAUAUUACUUCAGAUUCAAGCUGGUAUCAUCAUCAACCCUGUGCGCCAGGGUUAGAUGAAAUCAGCUUUUUUUAUAGUUGAAUCAGCUCCUUUUUUAUUCACCAUUGUUGGCACAAUCCUUGAAAAUAAACUUUUUUGCCUGUGU